AUGCAACUGAUAACAUCAUUAACAUCCAUUCUAUUUCUUCUUUUUUUAACUAUAAACGUUGAAUCGAUUUAUUUAAGAGAUCGAUUUCGAAUAUUUGUUGGAAAAGUUGCUUCUACAUUUCAUGCGAAUUGGCGUCAACAUUAUCUUAGUGAACGUCCAUUUGUUAAAAAUCGUUUUAAAUUAACUAAAAAUGGAACUAAUUAUAAUUCAUCUGAUUUUAUUUAUCCAAUGAUUCUUACUGUUGGUUCAUGUCUCGUUCAUCGAAAUCUCAAAGUAGCUCGUUCACGUCACAAUUCAUCGUUAACUUAUAUUGAUAUAUUAAAUAUGGAUUAUGAUGAAUUACCUACAGAUUGGGCAUUUGAAAAUAAAGAUACUGCAAGAGUCGCUUGUAGACUAAUUCUAAAAGGUAUUCGUCAAAAACUUAUAUUUAAUAGAAAUUUUAUCGAAACAACAUCAGAAAAAAUUCAUCAAUCAUGGUUAAAACGAAAUGCACAUCGAAUAACAAAUCAAUUGAUAUUACCCUAUAAGCAUUUACCGGAAAAUGAAAAAGACAAAGAUCGAAGAGCUAUACUAAUAGCUUGUCGUUUAUUUAAUGAACUUCAUUUGUAUCGUCAUUUCAAAACGACUCCUAUUCAUUUAACUGAACCUUCUAUUGAAUAA